AUGACCCCGGCGAUGUGUGAAGAGAUGAGAAAAUUGGUAGACGCCGGCGGACUCGAAGGCCUAAAGAGAAAGAUUGUUGAAGAAGGGAAUCCGGGCUCCCUACACGCCCCCGAUUCGCCCAUCGAUUCAUCUCAGAGCGAUGGCUUAAGCAUCGUCGACCGCCGCUGGGGCGAGCUCUUUGACAAAAAUGGCAAUGCUACUCCACGACUCGGCCAGGUGCUCCGAGGCAUCGCCAAAUACCUCAUUUCCGAAGUGUCCCCCGCAGAAAGCGUCGUCAUUUCACCGGCAAAGCUAGCAAACUUUUACCGCGAGUAUUCCGUAGACAAUGAACCACACUGCUUUUCAGACAUAUUCAAGUGCCGCGAUGAUAGCAAAGAAGAGUAUCGCAACAUCGCCGAGCUCUUCGAAGACCUCGAGUGCGACUACCACCUCAUCAAAGCUACCCCAACCUCGCGACCCAUCGUCCCCGCCCUCACCCCGGCCGGCUUCGCCAAGUGGACCAUCAUGGCCAUCUUCGCCUACCCAGACGUCGAGGCCAAGCGACUCGACUGCAUCAUGUCCCAGCUCCCCAUCGACGCCGACGGGCCCUUUGUCGACGGAAAACCCGAGCGGCUACCCAAACAACUCUCCCGGUAUCUCCUGCCCAGCAAAGCAGACAAAUCCGCCCGAAGCAACUUCAAGAUCUUUGUCGACGACUUCUUCCAAGACCGGGAGUCCCGGCAAAGAGCCGCGGAGAAAUCCCGGAGGCACCCGAGCGAUGGCUUUUCUUCUUCCAAGACGCCCGCCCAGGGCGGAAACCAGGACAGCGUCGCCAAGAAAGACUACCCCGGCGCGGGCCCCGCCCGGCAGCCCCGGGACGAAAGAAGAGGUCGAGCAAGAACGUCAGCUUCAAAGGUCUCCGCCAAAGGAGGGCAGCGGCACAGAAAGCGGUGGCGGGGCCCUUCCCGCGGCCUCCCACCCUUUUUCGGGCAGAGCCGGCCGCCCCUACAACUUGACCAACAUUACCGUGCCGCCGUCGGGCCGCACCAGCCAGGAGCGAGCCUCGAGGCCGAAGCCCUCGCGGCGUGCCGAAGCCUCCGACUUUGA